AGACACUAAUUCACCGAGGCAGCUCUUCUCAUCUCGCCUUUCCAUCCUGGCCAGCUCUAGGUAAUAUCAUACAUACUAUCUUCGGAUCGCUACACUCUCUUCGACAUCUUUUCAGCCUACGGCCGAUUCGAUUAUUGCGCAUAAUCUUUGGCGAGAGACCACCGAACUUGUUGCAUAUAGGUCUAUAUCACAUCUUUCUCGGUGGUACCUCUUUAUUCAACUAGAGAUACCCAAUUAUAUUUCCCACUGAACUAUUGUUUGGACAAACUCGAAGCUGUUGCGUUUUCAUUUUUACCCCACAGCUGUUGUAAUAUCCGAAAUUGAUUGUUAACUUCAGGAUCCUGUCUAUUCUGGAUCCUAUUUCUGCCUUCGUGCCUAUUUCGGGGCACGUUUAAUCUUUCAAAACGGCGGUUUUAUCGCACAACUCUAGGGACAGCCUUGUCCCUCCUCAUCUUCUCGGGAUGCAGGACCUCUCAGCAUCUGGUGGUAUCCCUACUGGUCCUGCUGCCAACUCGGCUGGUCGAUUCGGUCAUGUCUCGAAGCCUUCGAACAGCGACACGGGUUUCUCUCACGGUGCUUUCACAUCGAACGUCUCUGGUUUCGCCGACAGACACCCUCGCCGUGGUAACAUUCCUUCGAUUAACACCCAGCAGCAGCUGAACCCGCCCGCUCCCAACAACGGCCAUGACAUGACUACGCCUGGUACUGGUUUCGAUAUGCAGUUCACUCCUCUUUUGCCUUCGCAGUUGCUUCUUGGUAGCCCCUUUCAGCCUGGAACCCCGGCUGCUUUCGCUAGUCCUCAGUUCCAGAACAUGUCUGCUUUCCAGCACGGUCAGCAGCAAACGGGCCAACAACAGAACGGCGUAUCGAGCCCCAUCCAGCAAAAUCUGUCUCCCCAGGCCUACCAGUCGAUUGUGUCUCCGUCUACCUACGGUGCUCCCCAGUUUUUCCAGCCGCAAUCUCCUAACGGAACCUUCAACAACAUGAAUGGUCAGAUGCAACCUCAGUCGCCGACUUUGAGCCCUGGCAUGGUUACGGGAACCAGCAGGACGGUGUAUCUUGGAAACAUUCCUCCUGACACUUCUGCUGAGGAGAUUCUUGGUCACGUUCGAAGUGGACAAAUCGAGUCCGUUCGCCUACUUCCCGAUAAGAACUGUGCUUUCAUUUCUUUCCUUGACGCCAACGCCGCCACUCACUUCCACUCAGACGCUAUCUUAAAGAAGCUUUGUAUUAAGGGACAGGAUAUCAAGAUCGGCUGGGGUAAGCCGUCUCAGGUGCCUACUUCAGUCGCUUUGGCGGUUCAGCAGUCCGGAGCGUCCCGAAACGUUUAUCUAGGAAAUCUGCCGGAAGAUAUUCCCGAAGUGGAAUUGCGCGAGGAUCUUGGAAAGUUUGGCGCUAUCGACACAAUUAAGAUUGUGCGGGAAAAGAACAUUGCCUUUAUUCACUUUUUGUCUAUCGCCAAUGCCAUGAAGGCAGUUCAACAAUUGCCUCAGGAGCCGAAGUGGCAAUCGCCUCGCCGCGUGUACUACGGUAAGGACCGUUGCGCAUACGUCUCGAAGACGCAGCAGCAGAAUGCGGCCCAAUACCUCGGUAUUGCUCCCACGCAUGCUCACAUGCUGACCGGCCAGGAUCGUGAAUUCAUUUCUAGUGCGCUUGCCCAGCAAUCCGUGGCGGCAGCCGCAGUCGCGACUACCGCUGGUGGUAUUAACAACCUUGGUAAUCGAACCAUUUACCUGGGUAACAUUCACCCGGAAACCACGAUUGAAGAGAUUUGUAAUGUUGUACGAGGUGGCUUGCUCCACCACAUUCGAUACAUUCCUGAUAAGCAUAUUUGCUUCGUUACCUUCAUCGAUCCGACCGCAGCGGCUUCUUUCUACGCCUUGAGCAAUCUCCAAGGCUUGAUGAUUCACAACCGUCGCUUGAAGAUUGGCUGGGGUAAACACUCUGGCGCUCUCCCGCCAGCUAUCGCUUUGGCCGUUAGUGGUGGUGCUUCGCGAAACGUCUACAUCGGUAACCUUGACGAAACUUGGACAGAGGAGAGACUGAGACAGGAUUUCUCUGAAUAUGGUGAGAUUGAGUUGGUCAACACCCUUCGUGAGAAGAGCUGUGCAUUUGUCAACUUCACCAACAUCGCCAAUGCUAUCAAGGCUAUUGAGGCAGUCCGAAGCAAGGAUGAUUACAAAAAGUUUAAGGUGAACUUCGGCAAGGACCGUUGCGGAAACCAGCCACGUCAGCUUCAGCAGCAAGCACAGUCCCCUCGCACGGACGGUGUAGCUUCACCUCCACCGGUCGGUAGUGGAAGUAACAAUUCCCCUACCAACCCUACCUCUCCUCAGUCCGCUAGCAGCGCUACCAUGUUUAGCAAUGGCAACAACCCGCUCACGAUGUAUUUGAACCAAGUGUCUCAGCAAGCACAGCAACAUCAGCACCAACAACAACAGAUUCUCGCUUCUCAGCAAGCAGCCUUGUUCGGCACUGCGGCAUCUUCGCCUAAUGAACUUUCGCUUGAUGUUCCCCAACCGGGCUCCGGCUCCGCUCAUGGACAGUCGGCAAGCAUUUCGAACGGAUACGCCAAUGGUUCCGCCUUAGGUGCGACGACUAUUGGUGGUCUGCUAGCACCCGGCAACCCGCGAGGCCAACACAAUCGUGCCGUGAGCCUUCCAGUUUUCGCCCCCGGUUUUGAGAACGGAGGCACCAGCCCCGUUAGUGCCAUUGGUGGCCCUACCGAAGGUGAGCGCCGAGGACACCAGUACCAGGCUAGCUUCGGUGGCAUGGGCUCUGGUCUUGGCCUAGCAAUCCAGGGUGGAUUGAACGGUUGGGUCGAAGAGGAGGUCGCCAACUGAUUUUAACCCGGGCGCUCUAGAGGUGACUACCAGGGAAAGAUAUAUGUUGUAAUCGCUGUUGUGCUUUUCUUCGGCGUUCUUUAUUCGGCUUUGGCUGUGCUUACCGUUUCCUGUAUGAUCUUGUAAAUCCCGUUGAACAAUUUCCCCGGUCAUUCGACCCGCCGAGAGAAGAAGGGGCAUUAGUUGCCAUUAAUUAUCGACUCGCCAUCGAACGGAUGUGGCAAUAUUCGCUGCCUGGUCUGAGGUAGUUGAAC